AUGACCGUCGCCGAGCCGGAGAUGCCGGCGUCGGAGCGCAGGCUCGUGGCCCUCGCCAGGUGGGACGCGCUCAUCUUCCUGUACUACGGGAUCGUGUGGGUCGGCACCGCGGCGUCCCUCGCCAAGGUCAUCGCGCGCGGCGCUCUGGGCGAGGUCGAGGGUUCCGCCGUGCUCGCGGCGGCGUCCUGGCUCUCCCACCACUCCCUUAUCUUCGCUGCCGUGUUCACCCCCGUUGCCUUGAUUCUCGUCGGCGCCACCGGAGUGCGCUCCGCGUACAACACCAGGAAGGAUAUCAAAGACCCCCCGAAAACUCUUCACCAGGUUGCGCAGAUGAUGCUCAAGGAUCCUGUCAUUGUUGGAGCGCUUGUUUUGCUGGUCUUCCUCCCGCUCAUAAGUCAUGAAGAUUUGGUGGUCGGUCUGUUGCCUGUGAAAGAAUCUCAGAGGGAACAUGUUCGUUCAGUAUUGACGGAUGUAGGGUCAUUGGGUGUCAGCGCAGUAUUUUGUUUCAUCAUGUUGCCCACUACGGUGCUGAGGCAGUGGAGGAUGAAGUAG